GAAAAGAUGGAGAAUUAUCGACCAACUAGAAUCGCCAUUAUUGAUAACGGAAUAAUGAAUGUGCCACACACUUUCCGUAUCCAGGCAAACGGUGCAAUAUCUUCCAAGCCUCUAAGCCAAUCUGGUAAGGGGUUAACCCGUUGGGGCACCGACAGUCGCAUGUCAGGCGUAGACUCGAAUGAUACAAAUCUGACCAACCAAUCCGGACAUCAUAAAACCCUUUGGGAUCGUAUUCGAGGUGGACGAUCAUUUGCUGAUGACGACUUCCAACUCAGCCCCUGGAUGUUUGCCUCAGAUCCUCAUGGAACACAGAUGGCUAAUCUGAUUUGCGCCAUCGAUCCCACAUGCGAACUCUACGUGGCAAAAGUGACCGACGGAAGAUUUGGCAUCACGCCUGAACGGGUAUCACGAGCUAUCCGCUGGGCAAAAGAUAUGGAUGUAGACAUAAUCUCCAUGAGUUUCACCAUCCUUGAAUCCUCAGAAGGGCUGAAAAAAAGCCUUAGUGAUGCAGCAAAGAAAGAUAUCAUUCUUCUUUGCAGCGCACCAGACGAAGGUGCUAGAGUAUCAGUAGCCUGGCCAGCUGCAUCCGACCACACAAUCACCAUCGCAGCCUGUGAUGAAUACGGCAUGGAAUUUCGGGGAAUGAACUCUCACUAUGAAUGGAAACUUCAUGGUGAGAAUAUUGCCGCAGGAACCGUCCCUUUCCUUGAGUCAGCUGAAUGUGUGACUGGCAGCUCCGUCGCUACGGCAAUUGCGGCUGGCCUAAGCUCACUGGUUUUCUCAUGUUAUCGCUUAGUCCAUGGCAUGGAAAAGGGUCGCUAUAUGCGCAUGGAAAUCAUCAAGAAGCAUUUUCAGCACAUGCAGUCUGCCAAAGACUCUAAGUAUGUGCUCUUAGAGAAGUUUGGAAACAUCGAUGCCAAGAUCAGAGAAGGAGAGCCAAUCGAUUCAGAGAGCAUUAUAAAGCAGGGGUUUAGUGAAAUUGAGUAA